AUGCAGACAGCGGAAAUCGCAACUGUUGACCCCCGAAGAAGGGCAAAGUGCAGAGAGUAUAUUAGCGAUUUAUGCAGAAGAAUGCGGGGUUUAGGUAUUAAAGAAGACGAAGUAACGCCUUUAAGAAAGAAGCCACGAGAGGUCUCACUGCCUAGAUCAGAGAGACAUCAUAACAAAGCAUCUGCAGAGCAGCAGCAGCAGCAGCAGCAGCGGCAGCAGCAGGUGCAGCAGCAGCAGCAGGUGCAGCAGCAGGUGCAGCAGCAGCAGCAGCAGCAGCAGCAAGCUUAUUACUCUUUAUCUAAAGGCGUUCUUAAUGACCCUCUUCUUUCUCUUGUUUCUUCUGUCGGGGUUGUUUGGGAGCUGGAUAUUUUUAAAUUAACAGAAGAAUCAAAAGGCAAUGUCCUUUCAUCUAUUGGCAUUCAACUCAGAAGGAUGUUUCUCACGGGGGCGAAUUCGCUGCCAACAGAAGACAGCCGAUGGGCUGUCUUUGUUAGAGAGAUUGCAAUACG